AUUGACAUUCAUCAGGAAUAGUUAAGAUAACAUUAAUUAUAUUCAUAAUUUAAUAUUUGUUUUAUCCGUUCUAGAGUUAAAAUUUGUUACCGUGACCGCUGUGAGUAUAAAAUGUAUUUUCAAUUUUUUUGCAUAAUCAAAAUCAAACUUUUUCUUCAAAUUUUAAUAAAAUAGGUUAAUAAAAGAAUACGCCGUAUAAAACAAGACAAAUUAUUUAAUUUGAUUUACAAUGGAUAUAAUAUCUCCACCCGAUAUUUUGAAAAGACCACUAAUAGUACCACAUAAAAUACUCAUGGGUGCCGGACCUGCUAAUAUUUCACCUAGAGUAAUUCAUUCAAUGACAAAUAGUAUUUUAGGGCAUAUGAAUUCAGAAAUAUUUCAAAUAAUGGAUGAAAUUAAAGCAGGUAUCAAGUAUAUAUUUCAAACAAAAAACGAGCUGUCUUUAGCUAUAAGUGCAAGCGGACAUAGUGGAAUGGAAGCUAUUUUAAGCAAUCUCCUCGAACCUGGAGAUGUUGUGCUGAUCGCUACUAACGGAAUUUGGGGUUUUAGAGCUGCAGAUAUGGCAAAAAGAUACGAUACCAAACCGAUACAAAUGAUGGCCGAUUAUGGUGAUAAUUUCAGUUUAAAUCAAAUCGAAAACAAUUUAAAAAAAUAUUCUCCAAAAUUACUUUUUAUAGUACAAGGUGAAACAUCAACUGGAGUAUACCAACCAAUAGAAGGUAUUGGAGAUCUUUGUCACAAAUAUAAUUGUCUGCUCGCUGUUGAUACAGUUGCAUCAGUAGCUGGUGUACCUUUCUUGAUGGACAAAUGGGGUGUCGAUGCUGCUUAUGCUGGUGUUCAAAAAGCUAUUGGAGCGCCACCAGGUUUAACUAUCAUAUCAUUUAGUCCUAAUGCUCAGAAAGUGAUAUUUGAAAGGAAAACACCGAGCAAAGUCUAUUUUUGGGAUAUGAAAAUUUUAGGUCAACAAUGGAACUGUUAUAAUAAUGUCCGACCAUAUCAUCAUACCACAUGUUCCACAUUGCUGUGUAGUCUCCGUGAAAGCCUCGCUAUAAUAACUGAAGAAGGAUUAGAAAAUUGGCAUAAAAAACAUGAUGAAUGUUAUAGAAGAUUAAGAGAUGGCAUUGAAAAGCUCGGCUUGCAUUUUUUUGUUAAAGAUGAAAAUAAAAGAUUGAAAACAGUUACGUCAGUUGAAGUUACAGAUUUUGAUUGGAAAGAAUUAAUAACCUACGCCAUGAAUAAGUACAAUGUUGAAAUCGCAGGAGGAUUGGGACCUACGGCAGGGAAAAUUCUUAGAAUAGGAGUAAUGGGUUAUAAUGCUAAUCCGAACACUGUGGAUUAUGUUCUGAAAGUUUUAAAAGAAUCUCUGGAACACGCAAGAAGGCGAUCUUCAAAAUUGUGAUCACAUAAUUUAUUGAUACUAUUGUUAUUUAUCAAUUUGAAUAAAACUGUUUUACUAUA